CCGUAGGCGAUGUUCACUCGGAUCUCAUAGAGCAGUCUGGGUGACUAACUUAUGCUCAUUAACAGAAGGCACGCCGCUGGGCGGCGACCAAAAUGCCGAAUACACUGCGCACGCCUAUCUUUGUCGAAGAACUCGUAUCCACCUCUCCAAUUCAUUUCCAACCCCCCACCGCUCGCACACCAAGAUCCACCGGUCGUCUCGACUCCCGUACGAAUCCAGGGGUAUGACAUUGGCCAAUAUAGAACGCUCAUGUGAGCAAUGUCAUCCCCACCGCUUAGUUAGCUGACCCCUUGUAGGUGUAUCGCUUACUUGAUGAUAAAAGCUAACCUGCCACGAGCUCGCGACUUUGUCAAAUCGCCCGUUUGUCGCUCAGCGACCUCCGAACUCAUCGUCAUGUCGGAUCCUGCUGGUAUUGAGUAUGUCCUCAACGUCUUGGCGACGCCAACCUGUGCGCGGCUCCGAGCGGCGCAGUCGAGGACUAUCGGACGAUAGCCAGCGAGAUGGACCACUUUCACGUUGUCCUCGGCGUCCUCGAGCGAGUUGUGCUGCCGUCGCGCAGCGGUCACACACGACGCUAGCCUCGUUGAUCUCCAACAAGGUCGGAGCUUACAAGGAAGCCGUCAGGACUUUCAUGAAGACCUUCGAGCAAUAUGACAAGGUGUUCGGACGAGCCUCACAGCUGGGGAAAGGAGGCAUGGUCACACGCACAUACUGGAAGUUUCACUGGCGGCUGUGGGGCAAAGACAAGCCUUCCAUUGUUAGGACUGUGCUGAGCGCAGCUUACCUCGACUUGGGCGCGACUGUCGCUCUGUUGGUUCUUCAUGUCACCAGCGGUGUGCCAAACCCCUCGGGGCUGACUGUCUACCAUUCACAGACAGGUAACAGCGCGGUACGGAAACGAACCGGAGCGGCGUCGAUGAUUGGUAAAGGAAGAGAGAUACAAUAUCUCCCAAAGCGCGAAGGUGCUCCUCGAGCGCAGGCGGAUACGCAGUCUGUACUUGUUCAAGAAGGUUAUACGGGAGACGGUAACAAAUUCGAUCUCACGGCUAUAUGAUAACUAUCAGGGAGUGUAACGGGCGCCCCCGUCACAUACUUACAUACGUGCCCCACUGUCCGUAGAUAUGUUGCGCUAGCCUGUAAGUUAUCUGAGUAGUUUUAUGCCUAUCUAACGCUAGUUUUCGAGCCUC